GUAGUGAUGCAUCAUCCGCGCGAGUAGAAGCAUGUGACGUCAUCAAUGUGGGAAACGAGGGAAGAUACAUGAAUGCGCGCGUCGCUUCACUCGCUGCAGAGGAAUAUUGACUUCUUACAAAAGCAGCAUAGAGUAACUGGAGAAAUUACACGGGCAAAUAGAUAGUUUAAAACGGGAAAAUAAAGGUACAUUUAUGUUACAUUUCCUUCUACAUGUUACAGAAAUAAUGUUUGUGCCUUUUAAUGAACGACACUAAUGGGAUAAUUCGUGUGCUUCUAUUAUAUAUAAACUAGUGUGCAACUAUUAUAUAUUUUCUUGUAUUUUAUAGAUAGUAUUUUUCCAUGCACAACAAACUUUAUCAUUCUUUUUGCAUUUUAUUGAAAAUGUGAUAAGAUUAAUAAUACUUCCUGUUUUGCUGGAAGUUAGGGAAAUAGUUCAGCCCAUUUAGUUAUCAUUUACUCACAGUCAUGUUGUUAAAACCUGUAGGCGGAAUGACUUUCACUGUAAGGGAAGUUGCAAUGAAAGUGAAUGGAGACUGAGGCUGUAAUGAUCUCUUUUCUUUUCUUUUUCUGCGAAAGGAAGUCGUGCAGGUCUUGGAACAACACGAGGGUAAGUAAAUGAUGACAGAACGUGUAUUUUCAGGUUUAUUGAGCACGGGUGUAUCAGAGCUGAUACUGUAGUGCAGGUUGCCUGGUGACGUCGAGUUGCUGAAUGAGGAACAUGAAAGAAUGGCGUUUGAAACCUCUAGUUGCAGUAUAAGCUGAUAAUGGACCUUCCAAAGUCGAGUACUAAAGGAUCCAGCCGUAGAAUCUGUAAGCACCAUACAGAGAGCAACAAGUUCCAGAGAGACAAAAGGAACUAUUUGGAGGAAAUCUGCGCACCACAAGCCACAGAGAUUAGCAGUCAUUUACAAAGUAGAGAAACCAGAUCAAAUUCCUUCACAGCCAACAGAACGGAAGGUCCUUCAGAAGCUAAAGCAGCGUUCAUCACUUCUCUACAGCCUCUAAUGAUCCAGUGUAGUCCAACUCGGGCUCCUCGACCUCCCACUCUACAGGAAUGUGAAGUCAUCAUACGCCAGCUAUACAACGCUAACAGCCUGCAGUCCCAGGAGAUCCUACGUGUGAAAGCUGUUCUCAAAGACAUUGUAUUCAACAAGAAAAUAACAGCAGAAAAUUAUAUUUUGACAAAGGCUUAUCUUGCCGAUGGUAAAAGAGUUGAUGAAUCAGGCACAUUUCCUCAGCUUUCUCUCCAAACACUGCCUAAAGGACUACCUGUGUCUCAGACUAGUAAAGCAGAGAAAGUGAUCCUCCCUGCCCUCAAACAGACCCUCAAUAACAUAGCAGAUAGACACAGGAGGACUCGGGCUGUGCAGAGAAAUCGUCUACAGAGGACUAUGCACUGA